CUGCUAGCAGAGCUAGCUUGUUGUUGUUCUGGUGUGUGAGGAGAAUAUUUGAGGCUCUGCAGUAAAAAUGUCUUCACUUCAGUCUCUGGGAGAGUUGAUCAGCUAAAGCGACUAACUGCUGCUGCUGCAGAAAUCUUCUCACCAGGCUGUGGAAACUUUCUUCUCCUCCUCAACAACUUGGUGGAGUUCUUUCCAGAACCAGAGAAGAUAUUCUGCGGUCUUCGUGACAAUCGGAGCUCCAGAAUCAGGUUGUGGAUUGAAGAGGUUCCCUCUAUCAGACUCGCUCAUCUGAGUUGGUCAUGAUGCAGGAUCGCUGCUCGCUCUCUGAUCCAUCCUGCUCACACUCUCCGACGGAAAAGCCCCGAAUCUGAAUGUGACUCUGGAGGAAAAAGCGGUUAGCUCUACUCCGUGAACUCUGCUGUUAGCUAAACACGGCUAAAGAAAACCUGCUACCACUUCAGGAUCUGGGACUGAUUCAUCGUGUGUUCUUCACCACCUGGACCUGGACAGCAUGGACACAGAUGUUCAACAGAUGGUGCUGGUUAAAGAAGAAGCUCCUGAAGAACAGAGUGCUGGUGUGGACCGGCAGGACCCAGAACACCUCCACAUAAAGGAGGAACAGGAGGAGCUCUGGACUAGUCUGGAGGGAGAGCAUCUCUGUUUGAAGGAGGAGACUGAAGCUGUCGGGUUUCCUGUUACUGCUGUUUCUAUAAAGAGUGAGGAUGAUGAAGAUGAACCUUUGACCUCACAGCUUCAUCAGCAGAAAAUUGAAGACAGAGAUGUUCCAACCAGCAGCUCAACUGACCAGAUGACAGCAGAUACUGAUGUAGGAGCAGAAACUAGCAGGAACCCAGAUCUGAGCCCUCAUGAACAGAUAUCUGAUUCUUCAGAGACUGAAGUUAGCGGAGAUGAUGAUGAUGAUGUGACUUUAGACUCUGAGCCUGAAACUGGAGACAGAAAUGAUGACUGGAAUGAGAGCUGGUCUUCUGAUUCAGAUGCCUGUCCAGAUCUUCCACAGCAUCAUGACUGGGGAAAAGAGGAAGUUCUGACUGACCAGCAGAUCUUUAACCAGGACACCACCCUCAGUUUGGACCAGAAGGAACCAGAACCUCCACCGAUCAAAGAGGAACAGCAGGAACUCUGUAUCCAUCAGCAUGAAGAUCAGUUCAUUCUGAAGCAGGAAAAUGUUACCUUCAUGGUGACUUCUCCUUCUGCAGAAACAUGUAAACAAGAACCAAAUCAGAACCGACCCUUGCGUCAGAGUUCCGCUGAAGCUGAGAACCAAGAUCAGGAUGGAUGCCAGAAUGAAAAUUUAGAAUCAAACAGCAAUGAAGAACUGACACAAAAUAAAAGACAUCAUCAAACCAGAGAUCACAGAGAGAGUAUAGACAGUCAGAAACUAGAAAAACAGCAAAAGGCUUACGGAGAGGAAAGCCCUUUUUCAUGUGAACUCUGUGGGAAAUUUUUCAGCUGUAAGGGGGUUUUACCAGUUCACAUGAGAAUACACACAGGUGAAAAACCAUUUACAUGUGAAACUUGUGGUAAAUGCUUUUCUGACCGAGGCUCCUUGAUUAAACACAUGAGAACUCACACAGGUGAGAAACCAUUUAGAUGUGAAACUUGUGGUAAAUGUUUCUCUCGGACAGGUCAAUUGACUAGUCACAAAAGAACUCAUACAGGUGAAAAGCCAUUUAGAUGUAAAACUUGUGGUAAAUGUUUUACUGAUGGUGGUACCUUGACUAGACACAUGAGAAUUCACACAGGUGUAAAACCAUUUAGAUGUGAAACUUGUGCUAAAUGUUUCUUUGAAAGAGGUAGCUUGACGGAACACAUGAGAACUCACACAGGUGAGAAACCAUAUCCAUGUGAAACUUGUGGUAAAUGUUUUUCUCAGACAGGUCAAUUGACUAGUCACACAAGAACUCAUACAGGUGAAAAGCCAUUUAGAUGUGAAGCUUGUGGUAAAUGUUUUUCUCACAGUGGUAACUUGACUAAACACAUGAGAACGCACACAGGUGAGAAACCACAUCCAUGUGAAAUUUGUGGGAAAUGUUUCUCUCAGAGAAGUUCCUCGAUUACACACAUGAGAACGCACACAGGUAAAAAGUCAUUUACUUGUGAAGCCUGUGGUAAAACAUUUUCUGACAGUGGUGCCUUGACUAGCCACAUGAGAACUCACACAGGUGAGAAACCAUAUCCAUGUAAAAUUUGUGGUAAAUGUUUCUCCCAAAGUGGUAGCUUGACUAAACACAUGAAAGCUCACCACAGGUGAGAAGUCUUUUCCAUGUUUGAUCUGUAGAGCGAGAUUCAGACAAAUAUUUUCUUUAAAGUGACUGUGUAGUUUUUACCAUUGUUCUCUGGAAAAAUAAUGUAGUUAAAAAAUAAUGAAAUGAUGCCCAGUUGUUGAAAAAUAUUGGUUUGUAACUUAUAGACCCCUUGAAACAUAACGUUGCGUGCCCACUCCCCCACCCCCCAGCCCCAGAAUCCGACACCUCUCCAUUGACCACUGUUGUGUUUAUCUGUUAGUUGACAAUAAACAGAGCUAAAUAGUGAUUAAAUAAAAUCCAUCAACAUGGUUAACACACACUCCUUUAAGGAUUCUGAGUACUACAAACUGUCUGAAUUACUAGAGUGUCUGUCAGCUAUCACCCGCUGGCUAGAAGAUAACUUCCUUCAGUUAAACUCUGAAAAGACUGAUCAUUGCCCCUGAGAGCAUGGUUCCCCUGAUUAGUCUAAAACUUGGUCAUUUAUCCUCUACCGUCAAGACAAACUUAAAGAAUUUGGGUGUUAUUUUUGACCAAUCAAUGGCUCUUGAAGGUCACUCAAAAACGUUGGCCCGAAACUGUUUUUAUCAUUUAAAAAAUAUCUCCAAACUGCGAAGGUUGAUAUCAAAACAUGAACUUGAAAUGGUUCUCCAUGCCUUUAUCUCCUCCCGUCUAGAUUACUGUAACACACUUUCCACAUGUUUUAACAAAAAAUCCCUUCACUGCCUUCAGUUGGUCCAGAACUCUGCAGCGAGGCUCCUAACUGGAGCAAACAGAAGAGCACACAUCACUCCUAUGCUAAUGUCUCUGCACUGGUUACCCGUUAGCUUUAGAGUUCAUUUUAGAAUCCUGACUAUAACUUUCAAUGCUCUACAUGGUCAAGCUCCUCCCUAUAUUACUGAAUUGUUAAAGCCUUGUGCUCCAACCCGAGCCCUCAGGUCCACCCACCAGAACCUUCUAGAAGUUCCAAAGACCAGAUACAAAAGUCGAGGUGAUCACUCCUUCCAGACUGUUGCACCCCGACUCUGGAAUGAUCUUCCUUUAUCCUCACGCAGCGUUGACAGUCUGGACACUUUUAAAAGAACAGCUAAAGACACUUUUAUUUAAAGCUGCU